UUGUCUGUUUUCUUGUAGUGAAUGAAGGCAAUAAGUUCCCUAGGACGGCCUCACCUACUCACCCUAUUCAAAACCCUACUUCUUUGCCUUCUCCCAUUCAAUCAAUCAAUCCUAUCUCUGUUCAACCUAUCCACCAACCUUCGACACCUCUGAACUCACCUGAUCUUCCAAGCAAUUAUGGAGAAUUUUCGAAAGAAUCAGAAAGGGCAAACAUUCCCCCGAAACCCCCUGCAUCUACCAUCAAUGAUCAAUCUCAAUCAACCCCCCCCAAACAUCCACUUCAAUUAUGCCUCGCCAGUUGACCAGAACACUCAAUUCCCCUUACAUAGCCCCAACCAUUUUACCACAGACUCCAACACAAACCCAAACCAAAAUCUUGCAGCCUUCUUCUCUAUGCCGGGUCUCACCGCCGUCUCAAACCCAUCACCUAUUUCCAACCGUACCGACCCCAACACUCUGGCCAGUAUUAGCAUCGAGGACCCUUCAGGAGGAGUGUCUCAAUGUAAUGAAGGAAGGGCUGAAGCUAAUACUAGCACAUCACGUGUUCCCAUCCCAACCAGACUACGGGUCGGAACUCUUUUCGCUCGAAAUUCCAUCAAAAAACCCCCCGAACUUCCCUAUACAAUUCGCAAACGUCCACAUAAAUAUAAUGGAACCGUCAAACCUCCUUGUUGUGCUAAUUCCACAGAAGGAAGUAGUGGGAGCAUCGCUAACUUUCAAUUUUGUUCCAACGGGAAACCUUGUUCCGGAGAUCAAAUUGAAUGCAUCGCCCCUGUCGAUGGAGGAUGUUUGGGCAAUGGAGAAGUUACAUCUAUGGAGGGAUUGGAUGGAUGCCCUUCCACAGAUGAAUGAAAGAGCGAAAAGACUUGGAAUUUUUCCACCCUUCACAAUUCCUUCGGUCGAUAUGAAGAUCAUUUUAUGGAACGUUAGAGGGGCGGCUAGUAAGGAAUUUAUUUCCCAUGCUAGGGAAAUAAUAAACAAUCAUAAUCCUGAUGUGUUUAUUUUACUAGAAACCAAAGCCACCAACCAAUGUGCUGAAUAUACGGUUAAAAAAUUAGGCUUCCAAGAGCAUAGAACUAUUGAAGCAGAGGGACUGAAGGGGGGAAUUCGGGUUAUGUGGAAUUGCCCUGCGUCUCUAGUGGAUUUUGUCACUGAGCCGCCGCAUGUUUUUCAUGCCCUCUUCAAAUUUUCUCCAACUACGGAGGAAACCCUAAUCACAGGAAUUCAUGCACCAACAACAACUGCAGCUAAAAAUAAUUUAUGGAAUGCAAUGAAAGAUAGCAUUCCUCCUUCUACUACGCCUCGACUUGUUAUUGGUGACAUGAAUGAAAUCACUCGCCAAUUAGAGAAAGUGGGAGGGCGACCUAUCACCAAUAGUCAAGGUCAAGUGUAUGCAGAAUGGGUUGAAAGGGAGGGUCUCAUUGACCUAAAUUUCAAUGGUCCGAAGUUUACUUGGAGUAAUGGUCAAGAAGGCUUAAACUUGAUAAGAGAAAGACUUGACAAGGCUUUAGCAAAUGCAAAAUGGAUGGAAGAGCACCCUAAUACUCAGGACAAGGGCAAAAGACAAGGAGAGAUCAAACAAAACAUUCAUUGGGAAAGACCAGCUAGUGGUUCAGCAAAGCUCAACAUUGAUGGUGCAUGGAGAAGCGAAGAAAAUGCAGGGGCAGGAGCUGUUAUUCGUGACUUAUAUGCUGGCUGGAUGGUAAGAGGCUCAUGGAAAUUCAAGGCCAGGAACCCAGAAGAGGCAGAAUUGUUGGCUAUCAAGGGGGGAAUGGAACUAGCAAUAAAGGAAGAGCUUAGAAAGGUCACUGUGGAAACGGACGCCCAAUCACUCAAGAGUACCACCAUUGAACACAUUGAUAAACAGGAGAGGCAUGAACUUGCUGCUAUCUUAAGUGACAUAGGGGAGCUGCUCAAGGGGCCUUGCAAAUUUGAUUUCAAGUAUAUUAGAAGGGAAGCUAACACAGUAGCCCACAGACUAGCGCAACUGGCGUUCGUGAUGGAAGAGGAGAUCAUCUUGCACAAUUCGGUUCCUGCUUUUGUGAAGAAUGCUUAUGAAAUCGAUAUGGUGGAGAGUUGUAUCUGAUUGGUUUGGUCUCAUUUAUUGUGAUUUUCAAAAUUGUAAGGAGAUAACUUGGAACUCCUGUAGUAUUUGGCCUUCUAUGUCGGUUGUAGUUUAUUUUGCUCAAGCUAACUCUUGGACUUGGUAUUUUCU